AGGGAGAAGGUAGGCAGAGGAGGAGGUGGAGGAGGCUGUGGUGGUAUUCUUCAGCCUUGAUUAUUAUGCAGUCAGCGAGACAAGGUAACCAGGCGAUCAGAGGGCGGCAGCAGCAGAGGCUUGUCAGCACGGAUCCUUCAGUCUCCCCCGCUCCCGUCUCUCCGCAGCGCUCCCGCUCAGAUCGGAGGUGACAGGUUGAUCUGCCGCUCCGUCUGUCGGACUCCAGCGGCGGAUGUUCUCGGACAGGCUUCCCCCCGCCGCGCUGAGGCUGGAAGGAUAAACGCAGCAUGGCGCUGGAAGCGGAGGGGAGCAAGCUGCGGCUGCAGGACGUGCUGGCCAGACCUGGCAACGAGAUGUGCGCCGACUGCGCUAAUCCAGAGCCAGACUGGGGGUCGCUGACUCUGGGUGUGUUUGUCUGCCAGGCCUGCUCUCUCCUCCACCGGAGCAUCCCUCACAUCAGCCGGGUCAAGUCUGUCCAGGACACGUGGGAUGACAGCGAAGUGGAGUUAAUGGCUGCAAUGGGAAACAGCGCAGCCAAGGCCAAGUAUGAGCAGAAGGUUCCCGCUUUCUACUACAGACCAACGCACACUGACUGCAAGCUGCUGAGGGAGCAAUGGAUCCGAGCCAAGUACGAACGGAAUGAGUUUGAGUUCAUCGAGAAGCAGGAGCCUUACUCGGCAGGGUACCGAGAAGGGUUUCUAUGGAAACGAGGGAGAGACAACGGCCAGUUCCUCAGUCGAAAGUUUGUCCUUUCGGAGCGGGAGGGAGCCCUUAAGUACUUCAACAAGCAGGAUGCCAGAGAUCCCAAGGCAGUGAUGAAGAUCGAAACACUCAACGCAACCUUCCAGCCGGCCAAAAUCGGGAAUCCCUGCGGCCUGCAGAUCACCUACCUGAAAGACAACAGCACAAGGAACAUCUUCGUCUACCACAGCGAUGCUAAGGAGAUGGUGGACUGGUUCAACGCCAUCAGAGCGGCCCGGUUCCACUACCUGCAGGUGGCCUUCCCUGGAGCGAGUGAUGAGGAGCUGGUGCCCAAACUGACACGGAACUUUAUGAAAGAAGGCUUCAUGGAGAAAACUGGUCCAAAGCACACAGAAGGCUUUAAGAAGAGGUGGUUUACCAUGGACGACCGGCGGCUCAUGUAUUUCAAAGACCCUCUGGACGCCUACGCUCGAGGGGAGGUGUUCAUCGGCAGCAAGGAGAACAGCUACACCGUCCUGGCCGGCUUGCCCGCGUCCACGCAGGGCUACCACUGGAACCACGGCAUCACCAUCGUCACGCCGGACCGGAAGUUCCUCUUUGCCUGCGAGACCGAGGCUGAGCAGCGCGACUGGAUCGCAGCUUUCCAGAGGGUCAUCAACCGACCGAUGAGGCCACAGGAAUACGCAGUGGAGGCUCAUUUUAAACACAAGCCUUGAAGCCUGCGGAAAGUCCAAAGUCAUCUGGACCCGCCCGGUCAGAGAGAUCAGAGACAGCCCCUGCACCGCACAACAAGAGAGGGGAGGCAUUGAAUGAGCCAACGAUUAGAAAAGAAGAGCAGAAGGACUUCAGUCUGCGUAGAGGCGACCGUUGGUGUGAUCUAAGGAGGAAGGGCAGAGAUGAUGUCUUUUAACACUGCUCCUACCAAACUUCGUGCUGUCCGUUCUCUCCCUCUCCCCUUCCUCCCCUGCAGCCACGCGGGCCCCUCCUCUUGCAUCGAGCUCGCCUUUCCCUCCGGAUGUCAUCUCGCGAGCGCUCCUUUCUGCCUGUGAUCUAAUGUAAUUAUGUAAUCUAGAGUCAUGUCACUGGUUGCUUAACGAAGACAAAACACGUUGUUAAUUUAUUGAAUGUACAGUUUUCCGGCCACAGUGUCUUAACCGUGCGUGUGGAAUCGUCCCGUUUUUUUUUUUUCAUUGAGGACUCUGCGAGGUUCGAGCGUCUGGCGCUCAGACCCUGGCAAACCUGAAUUCUACAAAGUGCUGUUAACGACAACCAUGCCUACAAAGAAAACUUUGCACACCGACGCUCAGUGAACACCACCGCCGUUAACGGCACCGGAGCAGGCGCACCUGCGUCCAGCCAGGGUGCCUCUAAGAACCUCCGCCCGACCGACAGCCGUCGCCCCUUAUCUGUCUGUACUGUCCAGCAUACCAAGUCGUUGUGGGAUCGUCGAUGAUUUUAGGCCGCUUUCAUGGAUUGUAAUGUGACGGGGGUUUGUGAUUUGUGGAAAACCUCUACAGCUGUUCAUUUAUUUAAUUCUUUGUAUCCGGUUUCAAAGGCACGCCGUUAUGUUGACCCUUGCAUCAUCGUGGGAAAAUAAAGUCAAAAGUUCUAACGUGGAAACAGCAGAGCGGGCGAUCAGGUGGCAGCGCCUGCAUGUCCUCAUUGUUUACGACUGCACGCCUGUUUCCACACACCCUCACAUCUA